UUUCAUGUCAUCCAUUUUAAGAAGAGAAGCAACAGUGGCGUACAAGUUUCCGUGGAUACAAAGAUACGCUUGUUGAAUUGUAGAGAAGUCGAAAGAAGUACUUAAAGAUCUCAAGACCGCGUUGGCAACAGGUUAAGUUGCCUGUGAAGGUAUGUACGAUUUUGCGAGGGGACAUGUAGAAUUUCCAAAUGUUUAAAAUGGUUUGGAGGUAGCACCAACAUUCAACUGGAAAAUAUGGAUUACAAAUUCGUCUUACUGUUGUGCUUUGUCACCACAUUACAGUUUCCAGAUGGCAAUUGUCAAAUAACACUCAGUCCAUCCAAGUCAUUUGCCUUCGAAUCUACCACGGCAUCACUGGAAACUUCUAAGGCAACUACAAUCAACAUGGCAACACUGCUGCCUACUAGCUCUACCAUGAUGUCAACACCUGUUAUCACAACUGUGCCAUCCAGUAUGGCUUUCAUGGAUGCAACUACUACUUCAAGUAAUGAGGUUCUUGAAGGCAGUUCGGAGGGCAGUGGGGUAACAACGGCAGAAACUGUGACAUCUACAACAGGAGUUGACAACACUGAGACAACAACUGCAGUAUCGACUACUUCUGUUUUCAACACUGAAAAAACUACUCAAUCAAUUUUCGAAGGUUCAGCCAAAACAACAUCUGUUGAUACUUUGAACACAACAACAAACAGUGUCAAUGUUUCCACAAAUCCUGUUACAACCGCUGCACCUAUCAACGAGAUUUCAACUGAAUCAACAACAACAGUAUUUGAUACAACUUUCUUUUUAGCUACAGCAGAAGAUGAGGGUAGCGGAAUGUUCACUACUGUAGAACAAACAACAGUUACUACUGAGCCAGUGUUUGAUGUUUAUACAGUGUUUGUCCUCGAGAGGUUCAUGAAUGCAUCUGACCCAGCCUUUAUUGAAAACCUUGAAACUGCUUUGGCAACGUUAUAUCAUGUUGCUGCUACUGGAUCACUGGUCAAUGCUCGAAGAAAAAGAGAUGUAACAGUCGGAGACUUCACUGUUCGGGUGAUCAACUCCACAAAUGACCCAACAUCAAACACGACUGUAAUUGCUUCUUACCGAGUCAAUCAAAGCAACAGAACUUUAUCAGCAUCACAAGCUGUUGAUACAAUAUCCAAUACCAAUGCUGCAGUUUACAGAAACUUGCUUGCCAACGAAUCUAUUAUUGCUACAGAAAUUACCAUUCAAGCGAGUGAUGUGUCACCAAUUGUCAACCCCACAACUGCUACAACUGAUGUAUUUACCAGCACAGGGCAAUUUACAACAGAAAUGACAACUUCGGCUGAUACAUCCAAUUCAACAAGUGUGCCAACAACUAUAACAAACUCAAGCAAUAGUACCCCACUGUCUACAGUUCCAAUGCAAUCAACAGAAGCAUCAACAAACACAAGUUUAAAUUUAUCUGCUACUACUCCAAGUUUUAAUAUUUCUGAACAAUCAACUAUGUUUCAACUUAAUAGUACAGAUGUUACACCAACAUUGGCACCAACUGCGGUAACUUCCGUUGCUACUCCAAGCAUAACCACACCCACUGCAGUUGAAAAUGUUACAACUCAAUCAACUACACCAACCAGUCAAGCCACAACAGAUCAAACAACAACAAGUACAACAAUGAGUACAAUAGAAAUGAUGACAGUUGUCCCGGUUACAAGUUCACCAACUACAGUAGCAAGUACCAAUACAUCAAACACUGAAACUUCAACAGGAACAACUGUUGGCCCAACAACAGCGUCCACUGCAAGCAACACGACAGCUCUAUUAGUUACCACACAAUCCUCUGUAUUAUCUACUGCAGCGAAUGCAAGCAAUGCCCCAACCAACAACACCACUGUACCAGAUACAACACCAGGUGUAGCAAGUAAUGUAACGCUUGCUACUUCACCUGUUAUAUCAGCGAACACAACUAUGACAAUCCCUGGUAAGAAUACUGUAUGUUUAAAUAUAAAAAACAACCUUGACUGAACUGUCAAGGAAAUAUCUCCCAUUAUUGACGAUGAAUCGUAAGCUGGCACGAGGUGUAUGAAACAGAACACUUGUUUUAUAACCGUUGUUUUCCUGCCAUGUGAGGAUUAAGUAAGUUACAUUUAUUCAUUAAAAUGCUCUCAUUGCAUAAACCUGGGCUGCAGCAGAUAAAUUUCAAG